CUCCAGUCUCCGCUCACCUUCUUUGCUUUUGCCGAUCGGAGCUCUCCGCCCAGGAUCUGCUAUUCAGAAACGCAGAACUACAAUAAGCUCUCCACUGCCUCGUCAUUCGACCACAAACAACAAAUUCCAGGCGGCGCUUCCCCACCGCUGGCAGUGGUGUUGCUGCAUGCAUCUCUAAAGCCAUGGAACCAUAGAGCUCACCGAAUUUCGUCUCUCCUUUCCUCUUAAUUUCAACUUUCGAGACCAGAGAGACUUGACCCAAUAGCUAAACAGAGUCAUGCUUGUGAUGAAUAGGCUUAAAAGGUGCAUUCCCAAAAAAUCGCGUUUUGGCGAUCUGGAGCGGGAACGUGGAGGGCAGAAUGGCGAAUUGGGUGACCUAAAACCAAACUAACCCUCCCAUUUUUGCCAAACCCUAAAGCAAAAUUCCUCUCCUCU